CCUUUCUACCCUUCGUCUCCUCCCCUUGCGUCUUUGCAGCGCUUGCGCCGCCGAAGAAGACCAACUCGGCUCACCGUCGUUACCGAGUCUCGCUGGUUUGUGGGAGCUCGAUUCAUCGGCUCCGUUCUUGUUUCAUAUCGGUUUGUUGGAGGGAAACCAGUGAAGAUGGAGGAGGGGAGUUAAAAGUUGAGAGGAAGAGAGAUUUCGAUGAUGGAAUUGGAGAAUUCCUCCGUCAUGACCGUCUCCAACUCCGGCUCCGGCGAGGGCAGCGUCUCGUCGUCGAGCCAGCUUCAGCUCCCCGCGCCGCCCCCGCAACCGCCGCCGCCGAAUCCGGUGGUCAAGAAGAAGAGGAAUCUCCCCGGAACGCCAGAUCCGGAGGCGGAGGUGAUCGCGCUGUCUCCCAAGACGUUGUUGGCGACCAACCGGUUCGUGUGCGAGAUCUGCAACAAGGGAUUCCAGCGGGACCAGAACCUGCAGCUGCAUCGGAGGGGGCACAAUUUGCCGUGGAAACUGCGGCAGAGGACGGGAAAGGAGCCGCGGAAGCGGGUGUACGUGUGCCCGGAGCCGAGCUGCGUGCACCACGACCCGUCGCGGGCGCUCGGCGAUCUCACCGGCAUCAAGAAGCACUUCUGCCGGAAACACGGGGAGAAGAAGUGGAAGUGCGACAAGUGCUCGAAGAAGUACGCCGUGCAGUCCGACUGGAAGGCCCAUUCCAAGGUCUGCGGAACCCGCGAGUAUCGCUGCGACUGCGGCACGCUCUUUUCCCGGCGAGAUAGCUUCAUCACCCACAGAGCAUUCUGCGACGCGCUCGCGGAGGAGAGUGGCAAGAAGGGGCCAGGGGCGCAGACUGCGGAUCCAAAGCCACCGGCGGAGGAAGAGAAGGCAACGGCAACCGAGGAAGAGACGGCGGCUGAGGAAGUAACAGCAGCAACAGAGGCGGCGGUGGAAACAGCUCCGGCCGCGGUGGUCGCGGCUCCGUUGCCACCACAGCAGGUGGCCCCGCUGGAGCUACAAGAGCCAGCUGAGCCGACCGAAUUGCCACAGUACAUGCCGCCGCCGUCGGCGUCGCUGGCCAACACCAGCGGUGUCAGUUGCAGCAGCAGCAGCAGCAACACCAGCCUGUUUGCGAGCCUCUUUGCGUCGACUACCUCCACCGCAGUAGCCCACAGCACGGCCACCUUCUCCGACCUCAUGAGCGUGAUGGGCCACGCUGACCGGCCGCUCACGGAACCCCCCUCGCUAUGUCUCGCCACCAACGGAGGCCCGGCGUCGUUGUUCUCGCCGCAGGCGCAAUCUCAUGACCGGCGUCCCUUCGCUCCGCCGCCGCCCUCCCCCCACAUGUCAGCCACCGCGCUGCUGCAGAAGGCAGCUCAGAUGGGUGCCGCCGCCACGGGCUCAUCCUUCCUCAAGGGGUUCGGCCUCGACGCUUCCUUGGGGCAGCAGGAGAACAUCCAGGAUGACGGCCUGCAAUGGGGUCACCAGCGAAAACUGGAGCCGGAGCCAGCACCAAUGUUAUCGGCGGGGCUCGGGCUCGGGCUCCCUUACGAGCCGGACCUGAUGAUGGGUUCCUCUUCCUUGUUCGGGUCGAAACCAGCGACACUGGACUUCCUAGGUCUGGGGAUGGGUCCAGUGGACGGCACCGCCAACGGCGGCCUAUCGGCAUUGAUGACUUCUGUCAGUGGCGGCGGCAGCGGCGGCGGCCUCAACAUGGGACCAGGAACAGCUGCCGCAGGGUGGGAAGGGACGGAGAGGAAGCCGUCUAGCCCUGCCAUUCGCUAGCAGACUCAUUGAUCUCUCCAUGUUUGCUUCAUUAGCUAGUGACAUUCCAGUGAUCUUUAGCUGCUAGGGAACGGAGAACAGGGCAGCUCUGUUCUAGUUCUUACUCUCCUUUGCUCAAUUUUUAUCUUCGUUUUCUUUGUUCCCGUCGUUGAUCUCAUCGAACAUAGUUGUACAUCUUGUUUAUGGUUCUCAGACAAGCUUCUUGAACUCACAA